CUCUCCCCGCCCCUCCCCCUCCCCUCUCUCGCUCGCUUUCUGUCAGCCAGUGUCCCUCUCCCUCUCCCCCCUCUCUCCUUCCUCUCGCUUCCUCUGCUGGCACCUGAGCACACGCACCUGCCCGGGCCCGGCUCCGCAUCCUCCUCCCUCCUCCCUCCUCCCCCUCCCUCCCCCCCACCCCGGCCGGAAGGCCCCGGCCUCGGCCGCGGGAGCCUCGCGGCUGCGUCACCGCCGCCGCCCCCGCCCCAGACAAGAUGGACACCGCCGAGGAAGACAUAUGUAGAGUGUGUCGGUCAGAAGGAACACCUGAGAAACCUCUUUAUCAUCCUUGUGUAUGUACUGGCAGUAUUAAGUUUAUCCAUCAAGAAUGCUUAGUUCAGUGGCUGAAACACAGUCGAAAAGAAUACUGUGAAUUAUGCAAGCACAGAUUUGCUUUCACACCAAUUUAUUCCCCAGAUAUGCCUUCGCGGCUUCCAAUCCAAGACAUAUUUGCUGGACUGGUUACAAGUAUUGGCACUGCAAUACGAUAUUGGUUUCAUUAUACACUUGUGGCCUUUGCAUGGUUGGGAGUUGUUCCUCUUACAGCAUGCCGCAUCUACAAGUGCUUGUUUACUGGCUCUGUGAGCUCCCUACUGACACUGCCACUAGACAUGCUGUCCACGGACAAUUUGUUGGCGGAUUGUUUGCAGGGUUGUUUUGUGGUGACGUGCACACUGUGUGCAUUCAUCAGCCUGGUGUGGCUCCGAGAGCAGAUCGUCCACGGGGGGGCCCCCAUCUGGCUGGAGCAUGCUGCCCCGCCCUUCAACGCUGCUGGGCACCACCCAAAUGAGGCUCCAGCAGGAGGAAACGGUGCUGAAAAUGUUGCCCCCGACCAGCCUGCUAACCCACCAGCUGAGAACGCAGUGGUGGGGGAGAACCCUGAAGCCCAGGAUGACCAGGCGGAAGAGGAGGAGGAGGAGAAUGAGGAGGAAGAUGACGCAGGCGGGGAAGAUGCAGUGGAUGCCAACAACGGGGCGCAAGAUGACAUGAACUGGAAUGCUUUAGAAUGGGACCGAGCUGCAGAAGAGCUUACAUGGGAAAGAAUGCUAGGCCUUGAUGGGUCACUCGUCUUUCUAGAACAUGUCUUCUGGGUGGUGUCUUUAAACACACUGUUCAUUCUUGUUUUUGCAUUUUGCCCUUACCACAUUGGUCAUUUCUCCCUUGUUGGUUUGGGAUUUGAAGAACAUGUUCAAGCAUCUCAUUUUGAAGGCCUAAUCACGACCAUAGUUGGGUAUAUACUUUUAGCAAUAACACUGAUAAUUUGUCAUGGCUUGGCAACUCUUGUUAAAUUUCAUAGAUCUCGUCGCUUGCUGGGAGUCUGCUAUAUUGUUGUGAAGGUCUCUCUGUUAGUGGUGGUGGAGAUUGGGGUGUUCCCUCUCAUUUGUGGCUGGUGGCUGGACGUCUGCUCCCUGGAAAUGUUUGAUGCUACUCUGAAAGAUCGAGAACUGAGCUUUCAGUCGGCUCCAGGUACUACCAUGUUUCUGCAUUGGCUGGUGGGAAUGGUAUAUGUGUUCUACUUUGCCUCCUUCAUUCUGUUACUGAGAGAGGUACUUCGACCUGGUGUCUUGUGGUUUCUAAGGAAUUUGAAUGAUCCAGAUUUUAAUCCAGUACAAGAAAUGAUUCACUUGCCUAUUUAUAGGCAUCUCCGAAGAUUUAUUUUGUCAGUGAUUGUCUUUGGCUCCAUUGUACUCCUGAUGCUUUGGCUACCUAUACGGAUAAUUAAGAGUCUGCUGCCUAAUUUUCUUCCAUACAAUGUCAUGCUCUAUAGUGAUGCACCAGUGAGUGAACUGUCCCUUGAGCUGCUUCUGCUUCAAGUUGUCUUACCAGCGUUACUUGAACAGGGACACACGCGGCAGUGGCUGAAGGGGCUGGUGCGAGCGUGGACUGUUACCGCUGGAUACUUGCUGGAUCUUCAUUCCUAUUUGUUGGGAGACCAGGAAGAAAAUGAGAACAGUGCAAACCAGCAAGUUAACAAUAACCAGCAUGCUCGAAAUAACGCUAUUCCUGUGGUGGGGGAAGGCCUGCAUGCAGCCCACCAAGCCAUACUCCAGCAGGGAGGGCCUGUUGGCUUUCAGCCUUACCGCCGGCCUUUAAAUUUUCCACUCAGGAUAUUUUUGUUGAUUGUCUUCAUGUGUAUAACCUUGCUGAUCGCCAGCCUCAUCUGCCUUACUCUACCAGUAUUUGCCGGCCGUUGGUUAAUGUCAUUUUGGACGGGGACGGCCAAAAUCCAUGAACUCUACACAGCUGCUUGUGGUCUCUACGUUUGCUGGCUAACCAUCAGGGCAGUGACGGUGCUGGUGGCAUGGAUGCCACAGGGACGCAGAGUCAUCUUCCAGAAGGUUAAGGAGUGGUCCCUCAUGAUCAUGAAGACCGUGGUCGUGGCGGUGCUGCUGGCUGGGGUUGUCCCGCUUCUCCUGGGCCUUCUGUUCGAGCUGGUUAUUGUUGCUCCCCUGAGGGUUCCUUUGGAUCAGACUCCUCUUUUUUACCCAUGGCAGGACUGGGCACUUGGAGUCCUGCAUGCCAAAAUCAUUGCAGCUAUAACACUGAUGGGUCCUCAGUGGUGGUUGAAAACUGUAAUUGAGCAGGUUUAUGCAAAUGGCAUCCGGAACAUUGACCUUCAGUAUAUCAUUCGGAAGCUGGCAGCGCCAGUGAUCUCUGUGCUCUUGCUUUCCCUGUGUGUACCUUACGUCAUCGCGUCCGGCAUUGUUCCUUUACUUGGUGUUACUGCGGAAAUGCAAAAUUUGGUCCACCGGCGGAUUUAUCCAUUUUUACUGAUGGUCGUGGUGUUGAUGGGAAUCUUGUCCUUCCAAGUCCGCCAGUUUAAGCGCCUUUAUGAACAUAUUAAAAAUGACAAGUACCUUGUGGGCCAACGCCUCGUGAACUAUGAACGGAAAUCUGGCAAACAAGGCAUGUCUCCGCCACCUCCACAGUCGUCCCAAGAAUAAAGUGAUUGUCUCAACUACCUUGACCUUCCCCUUGCCUUCACGUGUCCUUUUUUUUGUGGACUUCUCUCUUUGGAAAUUUCCCCCAGUGAUCUCUCAGCAUUGUUUUGAAGUUAAGUGUAUUUGACUUGUGUUCUCAGCAUUCAGCGAGCGGCAGUGUGAGGCUCUGCCGCCCUCCCUGCAUCUUCUGACACCAUUGCUGUCUGAGGUCUGUAUAUGUGUAAAUAGAAGCUCCUGGAUACCCUAAAACCUUGGAUUAAACAGAAUGUGCAUUGUACAUCUUAAAACAAAAUGUAUAUUAAUUUAUUAAAUCUAGUUGUCACUUUAUUUUGGACCUGCUGUGAUCUUGACAGGAAAUGUGCCACAGAGCCAUAGUGCAGAGGCAAGACUUUUUAAUGACGUCUUUUGGAACACAAUGCCCUGGUGUUCCUAGCAGUUCUUAUUAAGUGAACUGUACAUUCUGUCUGUUUUGGCUGUUCAGACCUUACCAAGAACAUAAGAGGAAACAAGUAGAAACCAACAGUGGAGUGUCUGUGGUAAGAAAACAUGAACUUGUGCUUAACUGUCAAUCGUUUUUGGAAGUUAUUUUGUAUAACACCAAAGCUGUUGUACAUUUUCUACUGCCUGAUUUUUUUUCAUGUGUCUGUGUUUGUAAUAUUGUAUAGUAUCUUGUGCUAGGUGAGGAAAUUAUUUUUAAUUUUGAUAAUUUAAUAUUCCUAGUGAUCAGCAUUGGGAGUUGGGUUUUUGUGCUUGUUAGGGGCAUGUCUAUACUUAGAGAAAAAAAAAGUCCAAAAGAAGAUUUUUCCCUUAGAUCCCCCAGCCCCCUUUCCCCACACACAGCUGUCUUUUUAUCUUUUUGGCAGCGGUGGCCAAAAGUCAUGCAAGGUCAUAAAUCUUAUAGACUAACAUCACCAGUGAUACUGCAUCUUCCCGGAAUAAGGACAUGCUGAAAUGAUUGUCAAAUGUAGAUGGCGUUUGUGGUCUUAAAUAGACAGCAUUAGAGAAGACUGGUUAGAAUACCUGGUCCUGCUGGUUCGUGCAUCAUUGGGUGAGCAUUAGAGGCAGUGCAUUUCUGCAAAGUUUCCAAAGCUUUUUGUUUACAGAAUAAAACUAUAAAUAAAACCAACGUGAUUUAUUUGACCAGAAGCAAGCUGGCUGAGCUGGCCUUUUAACAUAGGAAUGUAGAAUGUAUUUCAUUGGAAAUGUGCUGUAAAUCUCAGAAAGCAGAACACUUAGAAACUUGGUUUUUCUUCAUAACCAAAACUUCAAGUUAGAAGUUUAGAGAAUUAGAAUGGCUGGACACGUGAUCUAAGUAUUUAAUGGUGAUGGUAUAUUGUAAGGGUAGUGUUUGUUUUUGAAUGAUAACUUAGAAGUUCUCAGAGAAAAUGGACAGCAUAGGUCUUAAGAAACCAUAAAAGAAUUUCCAUAUAGUAUUAAAAUCCAUAGACUUAAAUCUGAGGAUUUUUAAAAUACGAGAGUCAGCCAAACAUAAGCUACCAAAAUCAAAAGCAACAUGUUCUGGUUGUUUUAUAUUUCAACAAUUUUUCCUGAAGUGGUAAGCAAUUACUUCAAAAAAAAAAUCAGUACGCCCCCCCCCAAAAAAAAAAGGUUGACAUAGGAUUCAGUGUUACAGUUUUUGGCACUUUGUAGUAGUCCUUUCUCAUAUUUGAAAUGAGGUCUUUGCUAGCCCUACCUUUACUUAUAAGUUUAGUCCUACUGUAAAAAUUAGGAGCAUUUUAAACAUAAUGCCACCUGUCAUGGUGUAUGUCUGUAUAAAUUGUUCUCUUUGGGAGAAAUAUAUCAAAUUGGGCAUACAACUUGAUUAUGUUAAGUUUCUUUUUUAAUUUUUCGAUGAAUUUGUAGAUCUUGAUAUAAAAUUUUUGGAACACAUUUAUCUGUUUUACCAGAAAGAGAUUUAGGCAGAUAUCACAAAAGAUUAAAAAUUGUUACUCUACAAAAUUUUAAGUGAAUCUUAUCAGAAUUUUGUUUAAAAAAAAGAAGUAUGAAUGGCCAAAAAGUUGCCCUCCAUUUCACUGGCAGAUAACUUUCUCGUCUUACUUAAGGAUUUCCCUUGGUUUUUCAGUUGUGCUUUGGCCCUGUUGUUUUCAGUAAAGUGAAUACUUUCAUAAGGAAAGCAUUUGCUGCCAUACUAUGUACUUAGGCAGCAUCAAGAUUUUAUUAUUAACCAAUAGUCUUAUAAAUAUUUAAAACUUCUAGUUCAGAAAGUGCUAGUGUUAACAGCUGCCCUUCUUCAUGUAGAAUUAAAAAAAAUAAUAGUGUAGUUUUGCUUCAUUUUACAUUGGGCUAAAACUGUCUUCAAGGAACUUAAUUAGGAAAGAAGACCUUUUUGCUUUAUUUUUACUGUUUAUAAAUUGAAGACAAAUCAACAUUUGGGGUUAGUUUUAUGUGACCAGUUAUCAAAAAAAUGGUCAUAGUAUGAAGUGCACAGUUGUUCAUUAUUAGCAAAUUAUGUUUAAUUUUUAAACUAUUAAGUACUAAUAGUUGAGAUGAAAACUGAAGAAAAAUGCCAAUGUGAAGUUUGUGUAUAGCUAGCCUUAAAAAAGCUCCAUGUUUUUAGGUGAUUUUUUUUUCCUGUUAGUUCUCUGGAGAAACAGUGGAGAUUGGACAUCUCAUUUCCAGAUGUAAAUGAAAAGUAAUUUUUAUUUCAACAUUUAAUGUAAUUGUUAUUACUGUGGAUUCUUGUUUUGUGUUUUUUUUUCUUUCCCUUACUCAAGUAAUAGAAAAUAACUUUUUCUCAGAUGAUUUGAUCUUAGAUGAUAUGUCCUUUCUGUAUUGGCAAAAUGCUACUAUUAAAGUGUAAUUCUUGAA